CUUGAACAAGACUGUCCCAGCCGUCCCCUUUAUAUGUAGUUACCACAUGGAAAUCUUAUCCGAAAAUACCUUGAACCAACUUCUGACGAGGGAGUGGUUGGUCAAAAUCGAUACUCUCAAGUCAAUACCCUAUCUCAUUAAAUUUUACGAGUCUACAGCUGAUUUGACAUGUUGCGUACUGAUCACGGAUACCAAGUCGGUGUGGGCUGAAGCUCUCUCUGGACCUCAGUUUGCACGCCGAUGGAGAGAAUUGAAUGGCCCGGAACCGGUAUCUAACUCAAACUCGAUGGGCGGCGAAGAAGAAUGGAGGGCGCGUACCCUUGAGCUCCUCUCUAACGCGCAUUCUCUGGGGGGCAUCACAGACCUCUUGUUUGAAGUCGUGGAAUCUAACUUCUCGGAUGUUGCCUUCACUCUUGAAGACCAGUCUUUCAAGUGGCGAUGGGAGACUUGUUUCCUUGGUUAUAGACCUUCAGCAGAUAUUCUUUCCAAACAUCUUAUACUCCCUCUCAUCAGUAUGGGUCAUUUAGCGUUUUCCUCGACGGAUUCGGUCGGUGAGGUAUCUGACGCCGAAUUAACAAAGGCUGUCGACAAGGUUGGACGGAUUGCCAGGCGUAAUGUGGACAUACAUAUCAAGAACGCAAUUUCAAAGCCUCGCAUAGCUACAGUUCUUCGCCGUAUUACAGCCACAUUCAACUUUGCGCCGGAACUUCCGAUUAUACUUACAUCGGUUGAAAAACCUGAAUUUGAGAUGUUACGCCCUCGGGAGUCCUCAAAGCAAGGCACCAAACCUCAUCAGUCGACCCGCACACCUUCACCUGUUAUCAUACCAGAGAAGACAACUCUGAUGCUAUCAGGCAAACCUAUGUCACCAGAUCGGACUCAGGCUGAUGCCCUCCAAAAAGAAGCGGAAUCAGACUCGGUGACCGAUGACUCCGACGUUGAAGAGGAGAAUGGCUCAGACCAGGGAAAGGGUAAGGUUCCUUCACGACAACCAGACAAGCCAUCUUCUCCAAUACCAAUGCCUGCCAAGAAGCGGUCAGCCCAGCUACCGUCUUCAGACACUGAUUCUUCACCUGUGGGACCGCAAAAGAAGGUGAAGUCGAUACCGUCGUCCAGUGACGAGGACAGUGAAGGUAAACAAAAUGUUGCCCAACUAAAACGAGGGCCCGCUUCUGGGGAGACUAGGCGCGGGACGAGACAGCCAGUUAAAAGGGGGGGAAAGCGAUUCUAGGUAGUGGCAGAGCACGUCUGUAUGCUGUCCUCGACCGUCGAUGCGAAAUGAUCAAAUAUGGAGCCCAGGGGAGCGAAUCAGGCUCAAAUGUAGCAGAGCAGAAAUGGAUAUUUCAAAGCCAACAGUAUCCAGGAAUUUUAAAAAGUGCACAGUGCUUUACCAACGAAAUCGAAUGUGAACUGAAGAUAGAGGGGAACUAACUUGGCAAACGAUGCCGGCGCUCAAUAUUUUAUUUAUAU